GACAUUGUCGAUCGACUUCGUCCAGUGCUUCCCGGCGAUUGUGGCCGCAUCACGCUCUUCAUCGAUCCCGACAGCGAGCCUAUGGACCGCUAUGCUGCUACCCUGGAAUCUCUUGGCCUGGACAGCCAGGAGUGCGAGAUGUAUUACCGGGCGGAUGCAGCGGCCAACACCUUCCAGUCGCUUUUGCCGGAAGUGAAGGAUGUGAAGCAGAAGCCCAACGAGAUAGACCAGGCCGAAUGGGAUCGUAGAACUUGCAUUGAGUUGGAGCAUGUCAUGCGGUCUCACCUGGAGUAUGCCAUGGAGGAAAUGAGCUGUGUGAACAAGAGAGAUAUCUGCGAGAUGAAGGCUCUGGUGCGGCCGCCG